CGGUCGUUCAUCAUCGUUGUCAUCGCCAUCGACGCGCAUUAAGUAAAACCCCGCCUCCUCCUCCUCCUCUCUCAGCACACACGAAGCUGUCGCGCUCCACGCUCCAUUGGAAUCGCCGCAAGAAAACCCUCUUCGAUCUCAUCGCCUUCCCUCCUUCUCCAAGACAUUGUCUCCGCAACGAGAUCUUUUCCCAUACCCAUCACAAAGCUCCCGCCGCAUUGCGAGCGAAUACCGGCAUACCCAGCUGCUCGAAUCGGCCGCCAUUUCGUCCCGAUGGCUUCGCACGCGGUUCCCUGCCCGAAAUCUGCCUCGGUAGCUCGAUCGGGGACGAGCCCGCAGACCCCGAGGCAAAAUGUGGGGAAGAUCUCGUUUCCUCUGUACUCUUUCGGGUUUCAGUGGCCUAACAGGAAGCGUUUAACUGCAUUAAAAGUGAAGGCAAAGCUGAAUGAGGUAACCGCUGAGAAAUCCUCUAACUCUGGACUUGAUGCAAAGUCCGGAGCCACUAUAUCAAAAGAAAGCAAUGGUUCUGCAGCAAAACUUGGCAGUGAAAAAAUCGUUCCAGAUGCAUCAUCAAUAUCGGCAUUCAUGUCUCAAGUUUCUAAUCUUGUCAAGCUUGUGGAUGCAAAGGAUAUUAUGGAAUUGCAGCUGAAGCAAAUGGAUUGUGAGAUCACUAUAAGGAAGAAAGAAGCAAUACAGCAGCCACUGGCAGCUGCUUCAGUGGCAGCUCAACCCACACCAGUUUCCCAUGCCAUGUUUUCACCUCCACCUUCAGCAGCUCCAAUUCCUGCUCUUUCAGCCGCUCCAGCUGGUUCUGGUCCUGCAACACCUGCAUUACCCGCCCUUGUAAAACAAAGCAGCUCUUCUCAUCCCCCUCUCAAAUGUCCCAUGGCUGGAACUUUUUACCGGUCUCCUGGUCCUGGUGAACCUCCAUUUGUCAAGGUCGGAGACAAAGUACAGAAAGGCCAGGUGGUGUGCAUUAUUGAAGCCAUGAAGUUGAUGAACGAAAUUGAGGCUGAUCAGACUGGAACAGUAGCUGAAAUAUUGGCAGAGGACGGUAAACCAGUCAGUGUAGAUGUGCCUCUCUUUGUCAUUGUACCGUGAACUUGACAAGACACAUGGCGCUCUUCUCAACUUGGCCGCGCACGCCACGAUCCUCAUCCCUUCAGUAAUCUGCUAUGAAGCGUUCCUUGUCCUUGGGUCUUUUUGUCCAGUAUUUAAUUAGUAGAGACGCAUAGGUCGAGAUGUAACCUUUUCAAAAGUUGCUUUAAAUUUUUUUCAGACAGUUUUGGGCCGAACAAUAAAAUGUUCUUGCUUCGCGUCCUUUU